UAUAUUGGGAUGCUCGCGUGCACUCAACCGUUGGUCGCCUAGCGCGCGUAGAUGAAACAGAGGACGCUGACUGAGGGAAUCCGUUCUCCGUCAAAACCGUUGAAGAAGAGACGAUGUCUUCAAAGUGCCCUAAAUGCGAAAAGACUGUGUAUUUUGCUGAGAAAGUGUCGUCACUGGGGAAGGACUGGCACAAGUUUUGUCUGAAGUGCGAGCGCUGCAGUAAGACCCUGACGGCGGGUGGCCAUGCAGAGCAUGGUGGGAAGCCAUACUGCCACAAACCAUGCUAUGCUGCCCUCUUUGGGCCAAAAGGUGUAAACAUUGGAGGUGCAGGCUCAUAUGUGUAUGAAACUCCAGCCAACUCUAACUCACCCACAUCCAACUUGGAAUCUGCACCUAAACCUCAGGAGAAGCGGGUUCCAGCAUCUUCCAGGCCACCUUCUAAAGCUGGAAGCAUCACCACCUUCUCUGGAGAAGCCAAUCUGUGUCCCAGAUGCAACAAGAAGGUCUAUUUUGCUGAGAAGGUGACAUCACUGGGGAAGGACUGGCAUCGGCCGUGCCUACGCUGUGAAAGGUGCAGUAAGACCCUGGCAGCAGGCAGCCAUGCAGAGCAUGAUGGAAAGCCCUACUGCCAUAAACCAUGUUACGCUGUCCUCUUUGGCCCAAAAGGCGUAAACACUGGUGGUGUUGGCAGUUACAUCUAUGACAAGGAGCUCAACACGGAGGCUCAACUUUGAUUUUUAGUUCUUGGGAAUCCUCAACACCAGCUUCACUAGAAUCAUGGUCACUACCAGUACCUCACGCACUUUCACAUAUGCCCCGCCUAAUUGCCUUUUCACUGAAAACUUGUGCCACCUUUGAUCUUUCUACAGAAAAAUGAUGUCACAAACAUGCCUAACUCCAAAUGUUCGCCUGAAAGCCCCCUUUCUCAUGGUCUACUUGAUAGUCCUUUACUCACAAUCCCAAAUGUCCCCAACAGGAGGACAGUUUGACUGUUAUCAUAUACUGUGGUCCCAAAUAGUAUUUGGAUGCUUAAGUCACACUUAAAUGGAUAAGUUUGUUUGGCAUUAGAUAACAAAAUAUCAAGACAACUGACAUUAUUUUAAACAUAGCCCAAAUAUACUUUCAAGCAAAGCAUUUCAGAAGAUUGUUAGAUUAAAACUAUAAAAUGAUUGUGAAUUUGAGGAAAACAGACUAAAUACAUUCACCAAAAUGACACACCAGCUGGUUGAAAGUCAUUGCAAAAAUGGCUCAGAAUAGUGAAUUUAGUUUUGAGGAAAGGUGCACCGAUGUCACUUGUUUUGAUAUUUUCCCUAUAAUGCAAUUACAUUCUGACAUUUUUCAGGGUCCUAAAGUGUCUAAAUAUUUUGGGGCCACUGCACACUUGUCAAUGUGAUCAUGUCUGACUUGUCCUUUGUUUCAUUUAAUGGUAAUUUAUAUAAAUGUUUGUCUUUAUGUUUGUAUAGUUGUUGUUACCCAACAUUAAAUCAAAGUGUGUGACAUCUCCUCUACAAGGUGAAACCCCACUUCCACCCACAGUAAUGCAUGUACAGUAGAAUGUGUUCAGAGUCUCUAGUAUCAGAUAAAACAACACAAGUUCACUCUCAGUGGGAGCUCUAUUUUAUGUGGAGGAGCCCGGCUAUUCGAAUUGUUUACUGACAGGCAGCUGGAUCUUGCUUUUGAGAGUCCGUGCAGGUACGGUUCAGAAACACAUCAUCAUAAAUCUAAAAAAUAUUUUUCAACCCAGAUUUAAUCUUUGUCUGUAUGACAACAUUCUUAAGGUGCUGACAUUAAAGUAAAUGGCCAAGCGGAAGACAGACUUGUUUUUAUGGGGAAGUUGCUUGAGGACCACAGGGAUUGAGGGGUACCAGGGUGUGUGUGAUUGGUGCUUGUUGACUUAACAGCUGCAGCUAAUAUCUAUUAUGCUAAUCUAGUAACGUUACUUAAAGCAUGGAACCAGAUUAAUGAGAAAAAUACAUGAAUAUGAUUCUGUACUGUCUGUAAUCUGAAAAUUUUAGAAGAACCCCAGUUUCACAAAGUGAUGAAACUGAAGUAUCAUGUUUCCCAGUAGGACUUUAGCCCAUAGUAAGUUUUAUAUUUUGCUGAAAUGACAUUCUACUGAAUUUGCGUUUUGUAUUCCUGUGACUAUUGUUGUUAUAAUGAUUUCUUUAUUGUAGCAGGUCAUUGUUCUUUUGAGAACUUUAUGCUGCUUCUGUCUGUUUAAUCCCAUAUUAAAGUUAAUAAGAAACA